CAAGAAACGGGCGCAUUGCAUUCUGGUCCUUGUGUGCGCCGGUGAUAGAAACAGAAACCAUACACGGCUUUCAAGCGAGCCACGCUAAUAUUCAGCCUGGACAGGACAUUACACGUUACAGUUCAGUAGUUGCUGAUCUCUGACCACCUACAAAGCAGCCAUGUCAUCGACAUCCCAAAAACAUAAAGAUUUUGUGGCCGAGCCCAUGGGUGAGAAGGCUGUGAUGGCCCUCGCAGGCAUCGGAGAGGUCCUUGGCAAAAGGCUGGAGGAGAAAGGUUUUGACAAGGCGUACGUCGUCCUCGGGCAGUUUCUAGUGCUAAAGAAAGACGAGGAGCUUUUCCGGGACUGGCUGAAGGACACUUGCGGGGCAAAUGCCAAACAACAAGGUGACUGCUAUGGCUGUCUUAAAGAAUGGUGUGACGCCUUCUUAUAAAGCAUUCAGUCGUUGUUUUCUACUUCUGAAGCCCAAACUGUACAUUACCUCUUCAGUGAUCUCAAUUCAACUCAGCUGCACCAUAUAUAUGAACUGACACUGUAUACACUAAUGAGGUUAUUGAAGUCCAUUUAUUUUUAAAGUAUACUUAAAGCUGUUGGUGUAUUUCUGAAAUUAUUUGACCCCAAAAUAGAUUUCACACAUGCCCCUCUCAUGGUCUGUGUCAAGUAAGUCUAGACUUACACCCCCCUACUUUCUUUAAAUUGACAUUAAAUUAGGGCGGAUAGUCACAUAUGUCAGUAGCCCCUUUUAUGGCAGACAUUUAACUUGUAGUAGUAGUAAAAGCACAGGUGCAUCUAAUAACAAUACCAGUCUACCAGUAAGUCUAAUCACAGAGCUAGCAUGCACAUUAUGCCGCUUCAUGUGGACUUUAUAAAUGUUGUGCUGUAAGAACAGACUAUAGAGGCUCUUCAGACUGAAACUCUGCCAGUCUUGUUUUCAGUUUUGGGGAAAAGCUGCUCAUGCCCAUAUUAUUAAAUUUGUCCAAGGUCAUUAGAAUACUGCAUGUACUUUCUGUCAAAGGUUGAAUUUUAAAUGUAUGGUUCAUCUGUUGUUGGUCAUGUACUGGGAAUUUGCAUUUUUAAGUUAAACAUGGCUAAUCUGUUCUAUGUUUAAAAAUUUUACCUUCAGAUACAUUUUGAUGUCAUUUUUCUUUCUAUGUAUUGUAAUUCAACUGAAACUCUUGGGCUUCUCUCCCUGUUUGCCUGGUUUUUAAGCCACUGGAAAGGAACGUUGAUGUAAGCUGUGUUGUUUUUAAAUGGUGCAUUGUAUCACAGUUUGAUAUCAUGUACUGUCGGUCCACCAACAACAUUUAAAAGAUUUCUUGAAGAGGUGGAUUGUCUGUUUGAAGUGUCUUUCAGAGGAUGUGACUGAUUUAUGAGACAAACGAUAACAAAACCUCAAAACUAAUGUGACGCUGGUUUUAGGUGAGAAGUUGAUUGUUUUUUUUCUGUCACAAAACCUUUUAACCUUUUGAUCUUGCCAAUGAAGAAGCAACGUGGCCAGAUGCCGACAUCUGGUCUGCUCAGAGCUUGUUUGAACCUGAAGAUGGAAAAGUAUAUAAAUAAAGACUCUGAUUCAACAAACUCAAACACUGUCAAAAACGUGUCUAUUGCUGAUGAGCAGCCUUUAAAGGGAUGAUUUGGAUUUUUUGAAGUGGGUUUGUAUGAGGGGCUUAUCCAUAGUCAGUGUAUUGCCUACAGUAGAUGGUAGAUGGCACGCCACCAGUUUGGGAAAACAAGGACUGGGAACUGAAGCUGUUAUAUCCAUCCAUGCUCUCUUCAAAUAACCCAGACUCCUUUGACAAAAACAGUACGUUUACCUCACCCAACACGUGACUUUGGUGAAUCUGAAGUAACCCUUUGAAAACACCAAAGUCACACCGUAACAAGACCAAACCAACCAAACUAACUAACCAACUGAGGCAGCAGUAGACCAGCAGCUCCUGUGUUCUGCAAGGUAAAAUCACUGUUUUUGUCAAAGGCUUCUGGUGGCUUUGAAGAGAGAGUAGAUAACAGCUUCAGUUCCUUGCAGAAAGGAAUAAGGAAUAAAUAUUCUAAACAUACUGUACGCUUAAACUAGGGUUGGGUACUGAACCCAAUACUUUUAAGGAUACAGACCAAAUUACCACCAAGUACUGAUUCACGCUAAACCCAUCCAUGCCAAAUGCUGGUACUUGAGAGUGCAUAUGGGUGAGAAGGCAGAGGCCAGCCAUGGAGCUCUGAGGCUGACAUAGGCACACCGCAAAGCUGCCGGGUUCAACAUCAGAAAGAGGUGGAAACGCACUGAAGCUGGGAAGCCAGCCAUGGAGCUUCACUGCCGUUUCGUCGGCUUCCCAGGGAGCCAAACUAUCUCUUCAGCUUGAUCAAAAUACCAAUAUUUGUUGUUCCAGAGAAAGUAAAGUACUGUCAAAAAGUACUUAAAACAAAUUCCAGGUCCUGGAACCAAUUUUGGUAUCCAUUCAUUUGUGAACAGUACCCAACCCUAACUUAAACUGAUAUGAGAAAAUUUUAGGUGGCUAAAUAACGUUUUGCUGCUGCCUGUCCACAACAGUGCAUUGCUUAUCAUCUGCUGCGGUACUCCUGCCUGCUUCUCCAAACUGGGGGCGUGCCGACCACUAUCGACUGUAGGUAAUAAACUGACUACAGAUAAAUACCUCAUGCAACCCUGCUUCAAAAAAUCUGACCUUUCUAUAACGUACAAGAAUGUGUCUACUAGAUAAGCUUAACGAUGCUGCUAAUUUAGCAGUUAACAAAACAUUUUGUUUCUGCCUGAAGUGCUGGGUGUCAAGGCAAAUGAGUUGCAACAACAAUUAUUACGCUGAGACUGAUGCAACCUGUUGGUGUGCGGUCAACCAAUCAGCACCCUGUGUGUUCAUAACAUUCGUGUAACAGUUAAGAGGCUAAAGUAGUUGAUAUGCUGUACUCGUAUGAUAGAAUGUAUUUAAAGCUUCAGUAGAAGUUGACCUCGUUUCUUGCUCUGCAUACAAAAGUGAAGCGAGACCCAUUCAAUCUAUUGCUUGUAUUGUCUUUUAUACUUUUAAACUACGGUAAAUCACUGGGUUAAGGCUACAUCCACACUAGUAUGUUUCAGUUUUAAAACGCAAAACCAUUGCAGCGUAAACACCUAGCGUCCGCACUACUCUGGUGUUUUGGAACCCCUAAAACAGAGACCUUUGAGAACGCUGCUGACCCUGCUAUACGCCGGUGCUGUUUUUCAGUCCAGAUGGGCAGAAACAUUUUGGAAGCGAUGACGCAGACACCCAUGUCAGCCUUUGAAUUGGGUCUUAUUGGUACCAGCUUGUCAUGUCAAACCUUGUAGCUAGGUCUACAUACUAUUUGUGAGUUGAUCUUUCUUGUGUGGGUACUCUUUUCCAUUUUCAUGGCUUCGUCCAGAAAUGGAUGAUGCUCAGGACCGGUACCGCCCUGAUAUGUCGUCGUAUUUGCUUUGUAACAACUUGCUUCCACCUAGUCGGUCUUAGCAAUAAAAUCUCUGGUCUAACUUUUCACCAUGUCUGUAGUAUUUUCUCAAACAAGGCAACCAACCAAAUGAAAAUACGUUUUAAGGUGUGGUACUAUGGAUGGAGAUUAAUUCUUAAAUGGCGCCAAAACGCUCUUGUAUACGCAGAUUGUUUUUGCUUUGAAUUAAAACAUAUUAGUAUGAAUGUGGCCCAAGUUUCCAUUGAUUUUAAAUGAAGAUGGAAUACCGCAGUCUGCACAGUGUAGUCUGUAUUUUGUAUCAUCACCAAGCCUGAUUUUGGUCAGGUCUUCACAGCUGAGCUUGAUAGUAUCUUUUGACUGUGUUUCUAAACAUGAGAUGCCUUAAUGCAUGCUGGUUAUAAACCUUUUAUUCAGUCGGAUGAACUAUAAAACCUGCAGUAGUGCAUGUCCAGGCUGUGUCACUUAAUCUCCCAUGCACCACCAGCUGUUUGAAGAUGUAACUGUAGCAGCUUCUUGUUAAACACUGGCUGAUGUGUUUGCAUUUGACUAUGAAAACUCUUCAGUUUUUAUAUUGCUCUUAUUAUUAAAAAAGAAAUAAAAGGCAAGUAUCACA